UGACCUUAGCCUGGCAACACACUCGCUAUCCGUGUCGGUUGUGCUGAAUUUUAAACAAAUUAGGGUAAAAAUGUGACUUACGCUGGUCAGUGUUCGCUCAUUUUGUGUCAUUUUUUAAUCAAACUCGUUCCCUGUGUAAUGGAUACUGGUAGUAAAACGGUGUCGUUAUUUCGACACCAUGCUAAAGCUAGCUAGCUAGCUUACUAGCUAACACAACGGUUUGACGUUACUCAGCCUCCCUACUGCGCUGCCAUAACAAACAACUUACCAGCGGGGCCGCCGCCGGGGCCGACAAUUAAACGGAUUCACUGGCCGAGUCGAGGCGUUGCUUCGGAGACUGGGACGGUGUUUGUCUCUCUGAAAUCCAAGCUCGAUAAACGCGUGGUAAAAAAAAAACACAUCCAGUAGGCUAACGUCAUUACAGUGAAGCUAACUGACUGUUUGGCUUUACACUUUAUUUGCAUGGACGACAGGCUGCGGUGCCCCCUACAGCACCUUUGUGACAUUACAAUGACAAUAUGACUAAACAGAAAAAUGUACUGCAUUGUCAUGACAACAUUGAAAUUAUAUUUAUUAACCAUGUAUAUCUACAUAUUUGUCUAAACUGGUGCAGGAUUACCAUCAUGACUGUUUAACUGUAUAAAAUGGGAAGUUUAUUUAAAGUAUACCCACGAACAUUGCACAUUACACAGCGCGCUUCCUGGAUGCUUUAAAUGUAGAUCGGUGAUGCCUUCGUAGCAAGUGCUCAAAAUUAUUACUUGGUUUCAACCUAAUGAGAGUAAAAUCUCUUUAUUGAGUAAGCAACUUCUAUAUGUAUAUAUAAAUAUGUAUAUACGUCUAUAUGUAUAAUCAAAUAUAGAGUAUGCUAACCAUAUCCGCGCUAUGUUAUAUAUUAUAUUAUACGAGUUAAUCCAUAUUCUGUAUCGUGCCCUCCAAACUUCCCAGUUGUCCAUAAAUGCAACAAAUUCGUAACGGCUCAACCCUUUGACGCAACCGCGUGUGAUUGGCUGUUCGUUUGAACACCGAGCAACUGGACAGCCAAUCAGCGAAUGCAUUUUUUUAUGUUGCCAGUAGCCCAUGUACACAAUUUGGCGAUCACGAAUUGUAGUGACACUGUACAUGAACGAUCAAGCAGUUUGGGGGAAAAAUACUUUAUAUUUGUAAACAAAGACACUAAACACGGAUAAGUGUUCAGUCAUUAUAUUCCUCAUCGUAUAUUGCCAUGUAUCUCGGAGACGGGCUGCUGUUUGAACUCGAAAAUGGGAAACCCAAGUUAAUCGUGCUCAGUCAAGCAGGUGUUGAGAGGAAUCUAGGAAAGCGUUCAGCCUUCAGGUCCCGCCCGGCCAGCAUCUUGCGUUCUGGUCAGCCAUCUUGCAUGGUGCUGCCUGCACGUCCAGCCCGGCAGUGCACAAAUCGACCCAAAGUUGCCAAGAACAAGGCAGGGGAAGGAUCGUCCUCCCUCGACUCCAAUGCAGCGUACGAGCGAGGGGCAGCCAGUCGUACGGCCUCCAAAACACGGGAGCAUCAGACAGCCGGGGGCAAAGCCAAAACUGCACCCAAGGUGCAGUCACAUCGGCACAAAUGCACAAAUAUCUCCACGGUAUCCCUGACAACCAGCGGGAACACUGAAAGGACGCAAGGCAACGUGAAGGCAGGACCAAAGCACUCGAAUAAAGGACAGAGCGACACUGAAGUGGGUUUACCUGGCGAAGAGGUGCAGCGGAUCCUCAACGGCGUCCAAACCUCCAGCGAUGACCAACCCACCGUAGAGGAGCACGGCGUUCUGAUUCCUGAUGGACAUCAAGGUGGAGGAGCGAUGGAGGAUAGAGUCGGAUGGGAUGAAACAAAGGGAGAAGAAACAACUUUAAUAUCACCACCAAAAGACAACAGGUCACAUGGAGGUUUAUUCAGCUGGUUGGAGGAGCGUGAAGUCCACACCAAAGCAUCUGUGGAAGCCAAGAAGGCUCAGUGGAGACGGGAACUAAAUGAACAGGUGGCCCUGAAGCAGCAGCAGCAAGACCAGUUGACCUCAGUCAGGCUGCAGUUGGAGGAGGACACAGGAAGUGUGUGUUCAGCUCAGUUGUUGGGUCGCCACAGAGAGCAGCCGGCAGCCAUCAGGUCCAGCCUCAGACUCGGGGCGGUGACUCCAAUGGAGGAGUUGCUGACUGUCGAGAGGAGAGAGGAGCAGAGGAGGCACUGGUUGGAAGAGCUGGACCGACAGAGGGAGGAGACUAACGAGCGCAGAAAACGAGAGAAGCUGCUGCAGAGUCAGAAAGAAGAUCAUGACCUCUGGGCCGCACACUUUGACUCAAUGCAUAGGCGACCCCCUGCAGCCACUCCAGUCCCGCCUCCAGUCCCCAUCGGUGUCUCCAAGCGAGGGGACUUGGAUUUGGAUCCCUCGUCCAACUUGUCUCUGGCGUGGGACGCCGCAAGCAGCUGUGGAGCAGACAGUGUAGACCGAGUCAGUGUGGACACCAGUAGCAGAUACCCGGCUAGAAGCAGCUAUCUGAGGAGCAUGACGGCCUUGCUGGACCCGGUACAGAUGGAGGAGAGAGAGAGGAGGAGGCUCAAGCAGCUGGAGCAGCAAAAAGCCAUCGAAGCACAAGUGGAGGAGCGCCGCCAACAGAGGGCGCAAGAGGAGGCCAAGCGGAAGGCAGAGGAGGAAGCGGAGGAGAGGAGAGUGAUGUUGGAGUGGAACGUUCUACAAACAAAGUACCAGGAGGACGCACACAAGGAGCAGCGAAAGGAGCAUGGUCGUGGUGAAGGAGGAGCAAAGGAGUCACCGCAGCUCAGUGUUUUGCGUCAGGUUGGCAGAUUAGAGGAGAAGAGAGACACAGCUGUACAGACAGAAGCACCUCCGCCUCUAAGAGAAGACAGUGCUCAGACUACUGGACUGCCCGCUCCUCCUUCACACAUCAAGAAGCAAGCUGUGAGAGGAGGCAAGGAGAGGAUGUGUCGGCCUGAAGGAGGAGGAGGAGGAGUAGGAGGAGGAGGAAAUCAAUACGAAGCUUUUGCCAGGACAGAGAGGAGGAACGAGAAGAGACCUGAGUGGAACACACAAAGACCCAGUCGCCGCUUUGUUCCUGCGUCAGAACGCUACCCGGUCACGCUGCAAAGGAACCGCCAGGAGAGUCGACUCAAGAGGCAGGAGGAGCUUCUCACCCUGCAGGAGCGGAACUGCCAAUCAAGAAGUGGCCCGCCUCCCCAUCAUCAGGACACCCAGCUCCCCUCCAAGGCAUCUCAGUCUAAAUGCAGCAAGGCGGACUCCAACAGUCGGAACGUCUCUGCGGUUGUUAGCGCUGAAAGGGGGAGCGUUCCUGCCGUCGCACAGGAAGCUCAGCCGCCUGUCCUGGAGUUCAUCCCUUACAUCCGCACCGAUGAAGUCUUCAAUUUGGACCCCGUAGAGCCCGCUAACACGCCCCCUCCACACACAGUUUCUCUACCUUCUGAUGCAUCCCAUGAAGACCUUCGACCUGGAAACACUCAGCGACAGCAGGAGAUCCUUAAAGGGCUGGCACAGCUACGACAGGGUUUGCUACAAAAGCAGAGGCAACUGGAGACCGAUUUGAGGCGCCAUGACGACAAGCGUCUGUCGCCAUCCAUGACAGAGUGAUUUUCUGUUCAACAUGAUCACUCGUAGGACGCCACCAGAGUCGCCACCACUGGAAACACAACGACACACAGGGGGGUGUCCAAAGUGCAGCUCGGGGAUUUUUAACCGUCAGCUUGUUUUUUUGUUUUUUUUAAAUAUAUUGGUUUUUAGCAUUUUUAAUACAUCAUGAGUUAAUUUAAUUAAUACAUCAAAGUAUUGGUGCAUUGGUGAAUUUUUGUGUAUGCGAAUCAGUGGGGAAAAAGUUUGGACACCCCUGAUCUACACAUGUCUUUAUCUCCAUUUUCCAUUAAUUUAUUGCAAUUGUCAAUAAAGUAGAUGUUUUUUUUUAAAAUAAAAAAUAUAGUGCACAUUGGCACAAAAUUCCACACUCUCACAUUCAUG